UCUUCCUCUUCUCGUCACCGAUCCUUCGCAAUGGCGUCCUACUUCAGGGAGGCCACCGGCAUCCCCGGCCCCAGCGGCUUCGGAUCCGCCACCACCGCCGAGCAGGUCACCGAAGGCAUCGACGCCUCCGGACUCACCGUCAUCAUCACCGGGGGAAAUAGUGGGAUUGGAGCAGAGGCUGCAAGGGUGCUGGCCCUGAGAGGAGCUCAUGUCAUCAUCGGCGCUAGGAACAUAGAGUCAGCUAAUGGUGUCAAACAGAGUAUUCUGGAAAGCAUCCCAUCUGCUAGAGUUGAGAUCAUACCAAUCGAGCUUAGCUCACUCAAAUCUGUUCGAGCCUUUGCUGACAAAUUCCUUGAAAUGGAUCUACCUCUUAACAUCUUGAUAAACAAUGCGGGUAUCAUGUACUGUCCUUUCCAACUUUCGGAGGACGGAAUAGAGAUGCAGUUCGCUACAAACCAUGUCGGUCACUUUUACCUGACAAAGCUUCUACUUGAUAAGCUGAAAACCACAGCAGAGAAGACAGGAAUUGAGGGUCGUAUCGUGAAUCUAUCGUCUGAGGCUCACAUGACACCCUAUAGGGGUGGAAUACGGUUCGACAAAAUCAACGACAAGGAUUUUUACAAUGACAAAUUGGCUUAUGGUCAGUCCAAGUUGGCCAACAUAUUGCACGCCAACGAACUUGCUAGGCGCUUAAAGGAAGAAGGCGCGAACGUUACAGCAAAUUCACUUCAUCCCGGUCUGAUUAAGACAAACUUAGGGAGGCACGCAACUGUUGCUGUCGCUGCACUGAGAGCUGCAACAUGUGUCUUGUGGAAGAGUAUUCCUCAGGGAGCGGCGACUACAUGCUAUGUUGCACUUCAUCCGAAUGUGAAGGGAGUCAGUGGAAAGUACUUUGCUGAUUGCAAUGAGUCAAAGACGACAUCAAAUGGCACAGAUGAACUGUUAGGAACAAAGCUUUGGGACUUCACUGAAAAUCUAGUCAGUGCUAUAUGAUUUCUAUAUCUCAAGUUGAAUCUUGUUACUCUCACUUGGUGCUAUCGUGUAGUGUGGAUCUUGUUGUCGUGCGAUAUGUAUGUCUUCUUUUAGAUUUGCAACUCUCGGUUUGUGUUGGUUGUGUAUUAUUAAUAACGACUGUGAGUUAUGUAUUACCAAACUUAUUCUAAUAAAUUAUCUUUAUUAUCUAAACAAA